AUGUUGAAGUUGCCAGUGCGGGGGGAGGAGGAAGCCUCCCAGGGAGGGCAGCCGAGCGGCGACCCUCCGGCGAGGCAGGGCAGCGGGCGGGAGGAGCCCCGGGGCGAGCCCGCACCGCGGCGGUCACUGCACUUACAGCCUCCGAAUGGUGCUGGGUGCACGGAGAGAGCUGGCGCCCGUCACAGUCCGCACCCUGGGCACCCAACCGCCCUCCCCGCCCGCCCAUCGCUGCGGCUGCGGGAAAGCGCGGCAGGUAGGAGCGCACGAACGCCCCCACCCCGGAGGGCUGUAACUCAUGAAAGGUACGCAGAUGUGUUAGGCAAAAACAAACCACUACUCGUCACCUGGAAAAACAAACAGACAAAAUCCCAGAACCCCAACCCCAAGAACCCAAACGGUUUUGCAAUCGUCGUUCUGCAACCCGAGCGCGGAGAAGAGGCGCCCCCGGCCUGGGGUGGGGCGGGGAGACAGGCGGCAGCGGCUGCUGCACCCCUAGAAGCGCACAGCCAAGGAAGGAAGCAGAGACCCCCACGGGGUGAUCAGCGACCCGCGGUGUCGUUUUCACUAUGUCCGUGCUCCUUUUUAAACUUCAAAGCUAAACUCGCAUCAACAAAGCAGCACCGGCCCCGCGGUUCCCCCCGCGGCUGUUCACCUCCCGGUGAAACGCACAACUCCUGCCAUCGGGAGCCACCCGUGACCUCGGUGUCUGCAAAGCAAAAACGAAAAAACGCCGGGAGCUCCCCGGGAGAGCCCCCCCAAUUCAUUUUAAAUGGCGAAACGAGCAAUGUAACUGCCUCGAUACCUGCCCCACUGCGAGGCACGACCCGACCGCGCAAUGCGCGUGGGGAUCCGCUUGCUGCGGUAUCCCCGCCGGGGCCGGCGACACUGACCGCAGCGGAGCGGCACGGGCAGCACUCACCCGGUGGUGCCACAGCAGCCGGGGACGUGGAAAUCCAACGGCUGCGGAGGGGAGCGAGGGACGGGCGGAGCCGCACCGGGCCUGGCCGGGGGACUCUCACCGGUGGCUCAUACAGAUUGCCGCCGUCCUCGGCAAACGCCCUACGGCGGGCAGGGAAGGCACCCCCGGCUCCCGCGGGCCGCUGGAAGGGCUUUCUGCUUCCAGACUCUGCAGAGCAGCCCGCCCGGCCAGCUCCCUUCCCCUGCCCCCGCCCGCCUCGGCUGACAGCUGUGUUCUCCCACCCAUGUCGCGUCGCAUCUCCCCACUGCCGUUCCCCCCGCCGCCGGGCGGGUACUUGCCGCUCCUGGGCAAACAGGCCACCGGGGCAAACAUCCUGCGCGGCAGGUGCAGCGCCGCUGCGCCGUGACAGAGGGCCCUCCGCGGGUGAUGCAUGGGCGGCGGGCAGCUGCCCGGUAAUCCCCGCCAGCGGGGCUGCACGUUGCGCCGGGGGGAGGUGA